GCACCGACUGCAAGCAUCUCCAUUCUCCAACCACAAAGCAUACAAAGUGAAACCAACCAAACCAAAGCAGCAUCCUGAGCUACUUACUCCAUUUCCAUAGCUUUAACUAGAAGAAAUGGCAGCUGAGCUGCCCUGAGCUACUUACUCCAUUUCCACAGCUUUAACUAGAAGAAAUGGCAGCUGAGCCGCCGCCUCCGGCGGAGGUUGGUGCCCGGGGAACAAUUGGGUCGCUGGUGUCGCAGGAGAUUGAGUACUUUCGAAGGCUAAAUCCAGACCACCAGGAAGCCUCCACCAGUAGGGACUAUAAGCAAAAGCCAGGCUCAAGUAGAGAAGUACAGAGGAGGAGGAAGAAGAAGAAGUUACCAGCUAGAGGAGGGUUUCUUCCUAGUGUGUGCUCUGCAGUGGAUGUGAUUGACACAAAAGGAAUCGAGAAAGCUGGAGCAAUUGGCUACAAGAACUUGAGAACCGAUGGGAAGUAUGUGCCUGAAGACUAGAUGAAUUCUUGGACUCCUUUGGUUUGUCCUCUGUAAUGUUGUCCGAGAAUUAGCACUGUAGAGAAUAAAUAUAUACAUUCUUUUGCUCUCUUAUUCUUUGUUCUAGUGUAUACAGUGGUGUUGCAUUUGAUGGUUGUUUAGUAUGGAAUGCUCAACAAAUUGUGAUAAUCAAUAA